CUCCCUCGCGCUCCCUCGUGCGUGUUGUUCCCACCGCCGCCGCUAUCCCCUGCUCCUUCCAAUUUUCCUCCCAAAUAAAAACCAGCCGCAGCGGAGCCGGCGAGACGCGAACCCGGCCGCGAAAUUCUCCUCGCGGAUUCCGCCCCCUGCCGCCGCCGCGUCCGUCCCCCUCGACAAGGUACGAAUCGACCGACGGCUUCGUUGGAGCAGCUCCUGUUGUCGGCUGCGAUUGAUUCUCGUGGAGUGCUUUGGCGGUUUCGACCGGUGGUGAUUGCAGGUUGCUGCGAUCGAUUCCUCAUUCGAAUAGUUGAUGAGCGAGAAUACAAAGCAACUGAGCGCUGGAAGUUUGAUGGUGUGAUGCAACUUGGUUAAGGAAGCUGACUGCUUGAAGUGAUCAUGACGGACCAUCUUGCUAUUAUCGCGUCCGAGCUAGGGGACGCAACGGAUUUUGAGGUUGAUGGCAUUGACAACCUCAGCGAGAAUGAUGUCAGUGAUGAGGAGAUUGAUGCUGAUGAGCUUGCCCGGCGAAUGUGGAAAGACAAGGUCAAGCUCAAGAGGAUCAGGGAGAGGCAGCAGAAGCUCGCUUUGCAGCGGUUGGAGCUGGAGAAGUCCAAGACAAAGAAGAUUUCAGAUCAAGCUCUCCGGAAGAAGAUGACGAGGGCUCAGGAUGGGAUCUUGAAGUACAUGCUCAAGCUGAUGGAAGUGUGCAAUGCGCGGGGGUUCGUGUACGGCAUCAUUCCUGAGAAAGGGAAGCCUGUCAGUGGUGCAUCGGAUAACAUCAGGGAAUGGUGGAAGGAGAAGGUGAAGUUUGAUAAGAAUGGGCCAGCGGCGAUUGUAAAAUAUGAGGUUGAGCACUCGAUGCUGAGUAAUCCUAAGAGCAGUGGAGCCAUGAACCAGCAUAGCUUGAUGGAUCUCCAAGACGGCACUCUGGGUUCAUUGCUUUCAGCGUUGAUGCAACACUGCAGCCCACAGCAGCGAAGCUAUCCAUUGGAUAAGGGUGUCCCGCCCCCUUGGUGGCCAUCAGGGAAUGAGCCAUGGUGGCCUGCGUUGGGCCUUCCAAAGGGAGAAGCGCCUCCGUACAGGAAACCACAUGAUCUGAAGAAGGUUUGGAAAGUUGGUGUUCUGACGGGUGUGAUCAAGCACAUGGCCCCAAACUUUGAUAAGAUCAGAAAUCGUGUAAGGAAAUCAAAGUGUCUGCAGGACAAAAUGACUGCAAAAGAGAGCCUCAUUUGGCUUGGUGUUUUGCAACGCGAGGAGAAGUCUAUUCACAGUUUUGGCAGUGCUUUACUACCGAUUACCCAGCAUAGUACUUCAGAGGACAGAACUGAGGGCAUAUAUAGCAGCAGUGAUGAGUAUGAUGUCGACCGCCUGGAGCAGCCUCCUCGUUCUACAUCAUCCAAAGAUGAUGAGGGAGAUGCUCAGCCUGUUUUGCAGAUUAGAGGGGAGCAGAUCUCAACUAGAGUGCCUAAGAGAAAGCGUCAUGAUAAACCCUCCAACCAACUAGCUAUUAGCAAGGAAGAAACGACAAAACCUAAACCUCGACAGCGGAAUCGCCCCUCAGCUCGUUCUCCAGUUGCUGAGGUUGAGGUUGAAGUGACACAAAGAAAUGACAAUCCGCCAGAUGUAUCGUGCAAUGCAGCUGAUGGUAUGAACCUUAUUGAUCCAAUUGAUGUGGUGGGCAUGACUAACCAGCCAACGAGCUCUAGCCAUGCCCCCCCUACAAUUGGAGCUUUGCAGCAGCACGGAGAUUGUCAAGGGAAUUUUCUAUCUCCUGGUGCUGUGAUCAACAACUACAACAGCAACCAGGCUGCAAGUGCUGCUCAAUCAAGCACUUAUCUGGGCGACCAUCCCCUGGCUUGUGAAGGCAGCGAUAUUGCCAAUUCAUGGUCUGGACACUCGUUUCGGCAGGAUAUUGGUAUUGGGCCUAUUGGUUUUAAUCCUUCACAAGCUGUUCAUCAGGAUUUGGCAAUGCAGCAGCCACUACCACUGCCUAUGGAUCACCAAGCGCCUAUCAUUGGAACAGGAGCUCUCGCCACGAAUGACUCUUACAGUCUCCCGACGGCAGGCAGUGGGAAUUCUGGGACAAUAGUUGGUGAGACCCACCAGCAGUUCAUGGACGACCCUUUCUUCGGCGAGGCUGGAGACAGCACUUUUGGUGGCCUUCCUUUCAGCCUCGUUCCUUUCAGUAGUCCGAUGCUCAACUUUGAUGACUUGGUGGACGACGAUGACUUGAUGCCGUACCUGGGCACAUGACACAGUGUCCAAUUCAUACCUGGUAACUAUGGCGUGGAUAGGUGGUUCAUGCUCGUGCAGCCAGUUACUGGGAGAGUUGGGUGACAUGCUGAUGGAGCAGUGGAAUGUUGAUGCAGCUGCAGCUCGUGACCCAUUUGUGGCGCCGUCCUGAGAAGGUCAUUGCUUUGUAAUAUAACAUCAAUAAUGUAGUUUAGGGUGCUCUCUUGACUGUACUGGAUGUCAAAUGCUAUACUGUCGUAAGCCGUGAACUUGUAGCCUGUAGAGCAAGUUAGGAUUUGGUGGCAUCAUGCUGCUGGCGGAGAAUUUCCGCAGCCGUUUAAAGGAUUUUAUUUUAUUUAUUUAUUGCCGUGUACAGUUUUUUGGGGAUUUGCAGUAGCUUUUUGUCCUGCUCGUCUUUGUUUUUCUGCGUGGGGCAUGCAUUUGUAAUCUUGCGGGAAUGGCAGGGGUGAGCAGAGGCCAUGGCAGACGCCUGCACUUGGGGCGAAAUGCCAAGGCUCCUGGGGCUGAUCGGAGGUAGCACUAGUACCCUUCCUCUGUAAUCUUCCAUAACCCUUUAUUCCCCUGUAACGGCAGGCGAGCUCCUAUCCGAGUUGUUGCCGGCGCUGGCUAAACUGCUCCAGGGUUGUAACCGCUUCCCUCUUUGUUUUGCCACACUUGGGUUGGCAAGUUAUCAAACUUCCUUGUUCUAGCAAAAUGUUCAGGGUAAAAUCUUCUCUUUUA